ACGCUCAGUUGUUCUUGUAGAGGGUUGCCAACGAGAUGAAGAAGCAGAGUAGCAUCCUAUUUACUAGAAAGCAAGAACUGAAGAGGAUAUGGAACAUCAGAGAGGGUGGGUGCAUGUACUGUGAUGCUGAGCUCAAAUUAUUUUACACUAUCUUUCAGAGAACCACACCUCAGCUUCCUUAAAAGGGACUGUGGUUUUUUAAAACUUCAAGCUCAUCAUCACGUCCCCACCAGCAGCAACCAAAAAUAGUAUUGGUGGUGACUCAGAACGGAGAACAAAGCACUCAUCUUUUGAUCAAAAAAAAGACUCUUCCACAAGUUUCUCUUGAGUUGUGGUUGAGCAGAAACAUGUCCUGGCCUUUGAUUUGAGUGAUUGGUGGUGAGUCCUCUUCAUACUGGGUGUCUGAGUUGGAGUACCCGAUAGUUUGCCACAACGCUAAAAUGUCUGUACUCAGCUCAAUGAAGAAGGGCCUCCUCCUCUGCCUUUUUUUUGUUUUUUCGCUGUGUCUUCUCAGUGCAUGGCCAAGAGGAUUCCAGGCCCUGACAGCCAUAAAUCCCUCCACCGUCUAUAACUGGAGGAGCAGUAGAAAUGUGACCAUCCUGCUGUGGUACUGGCCCUUUGGCAGGUCAUUCAGCCUGAAGGGUGACGUGUGCUGGGACCUCUACCGCAUCCCUCGCUGUAGACUGGUGGACCAGCGCUCCUUGUUCCCCUCAGCUGAUGUGGUGGUCUUCCACAGCAGAGAGCUGGUGCAGGGCCAACAAAAGCUGCCCUUUGACCUUCCACGGCCGCAAGGCCAGAGGUGGGCCUGGAUGUCCCUGGAGGCCCCUGUUUACAAUGGAAACUUGGAGCAAUAUGCAAAUAUAUUCAACAUGACCAUAACUUACAGGAGGGAUGCUGAUGUCACUGUACCAUACGGUGAACUGCUACCAAAGGAGGCUGAAGGACAUUUGGUCGAAAACACCCCUCUGAAUAAGAGCUCUCUGGUCUGUUGGGUGGUCAGCAACUACAGGAGCCACCACAAGAGAAGCCAAGUGUACCAUGAGCUCAUUGCCACAGUUCCUGUGAGGGUUUAUGGUCACUGGACAAGGACACCCCUCUCCUCUAGAGCCCUCUUGCCAACAAUCUCUCACUGCUACUUCUAUUUGGCUUUUGAAAACUCAAUCAGCAAAGAUUACAUCACAGAGAAGCUGUGGAGGAAUGCUUACCAAGGUGGGGCAGUGCCUGUUGUCUUGGGAGCGCCAUUACCUGAUUACAAAGCUGUGGCUCCACCAAAUUCUUUCAUCCAUGUUGAUGAGUUUGCAUCAAUAAAAGACUUAGGAAAGUUUCUACAACAGCUUGCAGAGGAUGAAAAACGCUACCGGGAAUAUUUUACCUGGAAACAUCAGUGGAAGGUAAAGCUGUACACAGACUGGAGGGAGAGACUGUGUAAGAUCUGCUCACAGUACAACAGUUUACCUCAGCAAAAAGUUUACACAGACCUAAAGGCCUGGGUCAAGGUUAAUAAUACUUGAGCUUGCACAUUUGAAUAAUUCAUUAAUUUCUCUGAACUUGCAAAUAUUGACACAUUUCUGACAAAUUAGCAGACAACAUGACCUACUGUUUUGCAUCAGUAUAUAUUUACUUUUUUUUGUCUUAUGUUAUUUGUAAUACAUUCUUUCAGAGUGUGUUCUCUUUUUAUGUUAGGGCUGUGAAAAAUCUGAAGUUUAAUUUAUUCAUUGAGGAAAACGGUCCAACAUUGCAUAUCUGUGAGUGGCAAAAGUAUGUGAACUUCUAGGAUAAGCAGUUAGUUGUGAUUAGAGUCAAGUGUUUUCAAUCAAUGGGAUGACAAUCAGAUGUGAGGAGACACUCUGUUUUACUUAAAGAACAGGGAACAGAAUUUCAGAAAACGAGUUGUUGGUGCUGUGGAGGAGGUUACAAAAACAUCUCCAAAGAGUUUGGACUGCACCAAUCCACAGUCAGACAGACUGUAUACAAAUAAAGGAAAUUGAAGACCAUUGCUAACUUCCCUAGGAGUGGUCGACCAACAAUUAUCAUUUCAAGAACAAGACGUGUAAUAGUCCACAAGGUCACAAAGGAACCCAUGGUUACUUCUAAGCAACUAAAGGCCUCUCUCACGUUAAUGUCAAUGUUCAAGAGUCAGAAGAAUACUAAAUGACAAUAGCAUGCAUGGCAGGGUUGCAAGGAGAAAGCCAUACCUCUCCCAAAGGAACAUUGCUAGAAGUCUGAUCAAGAUCACAUGGACAAGCCAGAAGACCAUUAGAAAAAUGUUUUGUGGACAAGACCAAAAGUAGAACUUUGUGGUUUAAAUGAAAGGCGUUAUGUUUGGUGAAAUCAACAUUAAUAGAACAAUGAAUUCUGAAUUUUUACCAGUGAUUUUUAAAAGGUAAAUAUCAGUCGUUCCAUAGAAUUGUUAAAGAAUAAAGUGAAUGUUUUGGAAUAGCUAAUUCAAAGACUUCCAAGUCAGUUACUGGAAAUGUUUAGUUUUAGUUAUACCUCCACAGGGGUGUCACAUCCUGAAAGCAAAAGUUCACAGAUGCAAUAUUGGAUCAUUUUUCUUAAUGAAUAAAUGACCAAGUAUGACAUUUUUGCCUUUUUUGUUAAAUCUCUUGAUCUAGUUUUUAAACUUGUGUGAAUUGCAUGAUGGUGUUUUAGGUAAUUUAUGCAGAAAUAUAGAAAAAAUUCUAAAGGGUUCACAAACUUCCAGCCCCUACAGUAAAUGCUCACAAAUAAGAUGCUUUAACUAAUAACUACAUUAAAAACAAUGACCAAGUGAGUUAAAUUCCUAGCACUUUAUAGCAAACACCUGACUUCUCUAGGGUUAAAAGAAUAAUGAGGCAUUUAGGAAAUAUAUUGUUUUGUUGCCUAGAGUUAGAUGAGAAGAUUGACACCACCGCACUAUAAAUUAAAAAAACUGCAGCUGGCUGCACACACACUGACAGGAAACUCUCUGUAAGAAAGCAAAUAAGUGCAUUGCCCAAAAUGUUGAACAAUUCUUUUAAAUUUAACUCACCACAGCAUAUAACACUGUGUACUUUGAGGGCACCAAGGCCCAUACUGUGCAAUAACUUCUAGGCUUAAACGCAUGUACUGUAACAGCACCUGACAACAUACAAUGUCGCAAAGGUUACUGUAAAUAGUGACAGUCCCUGGUGUAAUUUUUAUUAAUUACUGCACAAUCAUUAAUAUUUAAUGUAAACACUGUGGUGGGGGCCUUUACAUCACAGAAAACUUUAAAAAGUAGUUUGAACUGAACACAAAUGCUGCAAUUGGUUCCAUGUCCAAUGCUUUAAGAAGUUUAUCCUCCGUAAAAUGUAAAAACAUAAAAAAUAUUUGACCAAUAAAAGUAAAAUAGUAGUUUAAAGGUCUUCUCUUCUACCAAAGGGAGAAUGCCUCAAGCUUGAAACGUGACUACUCAAAAUUCUCAACCUGUCUUUCUCCAUCUGGCCAUCUAAUCAUCCCUCGUAGUAAAUGGCUCAAUGUUUCCCUCCCUCUCGCUGAUGUGUGGUGAGCGUUCUGGCGCUAAAUGGCUGCCGUGCAUCACCCAGGUGGGUGCUACACAUUGGUGGUGGUUGAGGUGAGCCCCCCCCCCCAACUUCACUGCAAAGCGCUUUGAGUUUCAAUGAUCAAGCGCUAUAUAAAUGUAAUGCAUUAUUACUCCAACUCUGGACUGUUGCAAUUGUAGUGUCAAUGCUGAUUGAAAUGAAACUCAUUGGAAAAAAGUCAUAUCCUCAAAGUAAGCAUUUUUAUAUUUUCAUAAUGUUCAAAUGGUAGGCAGGGUGAUGUGAUGCCAUUUUAAAAAGCACUAGUCUUUUUGGAGUGUGGUUUGUUCCUUGACUUCUGGUGAUUUCAUGUCCUUAUUGUCAAAAACCAUGGUUUAUUUGAGAGAAGUCAAUGCUUAAGUUCCUAAAACCUGUGUUAAACAUUUCCAUUUACAGUAAGCAAUGCAGAUUGGUGAUGUGACUUAAUCAUUUCAGUUCUUCUGUCAAUGUAUAAUCAAAGGAAUAUUUGGUUGUAAUUCAAGAUGUGGGACUAGUAGCAGGGUGGUUAUUAAAUUGCACAACAAGAGCAUUUGUUUUUUCCCCCCCAGACUGUUCAGCAUUGUCACUUUUACUUAAUUACUAGAUUGCAGAGAAAUUGAAGGUUUAGGGCAACUUGACUGAACACAUUUUAGUGUAGCUAACAUGUCAAUAAAUUAGAAUUUAACAGCAUUUAAAAAUCUACUGGUUACAGUCCAAGUUAUGAUUGUAUUCUCACGUUGGUAAAUAUUUAGGGUAGUCAAGCUAUUCAUGUAUCAAGAUAUUUUUACCAUUAACACUGGGUUACUCGAUUGUUUUAAUGUUUUCCUGACAGCUUAUCAAGUGUAGUCUUAAAUCAUGGUCACCUAUGAGGGAUUUCCAAGUCAUGAGGAGUGACUAAAUUACAUUUAAUGGCUUCAUUUCUUAAACUUAAAUCAUUGAGUAAAAAUAAAAACUUAAAGACCAAAACGAGAAAUACUCCAUGAGCACCGACACUUAGUAUCAAGUGUUAUUUCAUAAACUUUAUAAUAAUAAAAAAAAUUACAAUGAAAACAGAGGUAUUGAAAUACAAUAUGGCUGGUGUGGCUUCAACAUUGACAGCAUAAUUGAGUCAAGUUGGACUUAAUUCUCACUACCAUUCACCUGAGACAUUGAGAAUAUAUUGACAUUGUGCAAGUAGCAGAAUUAACAGCUAAGAAACCUGUGAGUAACAAAUCAAUCUUCACAUUCUCUCAAAAUAUUGCUAAAGAUGUCAAUGACAACCACCAUAGGGCAAAAGUCUGGGCUUGGUAUACAAACUGACAUAUUUGUAUAAAAAAAAUUAAACAUUACAAAACAACUUUGUGCAAAAUCAAUAGGGGGGGGGAUGCCUCUGAACGAGAAUGCUUUUCACUUCAAAUGAAAUCCUUUAGUUGCUCUGUUCAGAUGGGACAGAAGUAUUGCACAAACACUGACCAAACUGUCAAAGAUGAAUUUUGUUUAAGAAGCAACCCAUACACUGCAAUUAAUUUGAUAACCCAGAUCCGUCCUCAUCUGUUCCACAGAAAACCUACCCACGAUUUAGCACUCUACAAAAGAACCAUAUACUGUAGCAUCACAUCUCACUGAAAUAACUUACUAUGCAUUAUCCAAGAAAGGGAAGGGGGUGGGGGGCACAUUCAGCAACAUUUAGUUAAAAGUUUUCUUGAAGUCAAAGCAGUUGCUGGUGUUGAGUUGCAGGGUCAUGUAAGAGGAUGUGGCAUGUGGCAGUUCAUGAAGUUUCACCACUUCCAUCUCACUGCUGCAGUCAGCAGAAGAGCCUCCACACUUUGAGUGUUUUUAAAUCACAUGAUCCACCAAUAUGAUUGGUCGAUCUGGUCACUGGGUGUAGAGGCUCCUCUUCAGCAUGAUUUGGGGUUGGACAGAGAGGGCUUUGGGAAGGCAGUCUGUGGUUCUGGGAAGGACUACCUGAGCUUGUUUAUCCAGUCAGGUGACUAACCAGUCCGUGGUGCAGGGCUUGUUUCAGGACGUCGGGUCGAUGAA